AGCUUCAUUUUGCUACUCAUUUGGUUAUUAUAUACACUAUUACACACUUUGUGCUUACUUAUUGAAUGACUGGCGUUUGUCAUAAAAAACAAUUGUUAUAUUUCUGUAAUUACGCGUUUUAAAACUAAAACAAUUUAAGAUGUUCCUGACAAGAUCAGAGUACGAUCGUGGAGUGAACACCUUCUCUCCAGAAGGUCGCCUGUUCCAAGUAGAGUAUGCAAUUGAAGCUAUCAAGCUUGGCUCAACAGUAAUCGGGAUCUCGACAUCGGAAGGCGUAGUGCUGGCAGCGGAGCGCCGGAUCACUUCCCCGCUGAUGGAGCCGACGACUAUUGAAAAAAUCGUCGAGGUGGACAAGCACAUCGGGUGCGCGGGCUCAGGACUGAUGGCCGACUCCAGGACCAUGAUUGACCGCGCGCGUGCUGAGUGCCAGAACCACUGGUUCAUCUACAACGAGAAGAUGACUGUUGAAUCUGUCGCUCAGGCUGUUUCUAACCUGGCUAUUCAGUUCGGCGACAGUGAUGAUGAUGGCAGUGCCAUGUCCAGGCCUUUUGGAGUUGCUAUUUUGUUUGCUGGGAUCGAUGAAAAAGGCCCGCAGCUGUUUCACAUGGAUCCUUCUGGGACUUUUGUUCAGUUUGAUGCUAAGGCUAUUGGAUCUGGAAGCGAAGGCGCUCAGCAGUCUCUUCAAGAAGUUUUUCAUAAGUCAAUGACAUUGAAAGAAGCAAUAAAAGCAACUCUGACAAUCCUAAAACAAGUAAUGGAGGAAAAACUUAACGAAACAAACGUUGAGCUGAUGACAAUGACACCAGAGGCAAAGUUCCACAUGUUCUCAAAAGCCGAGCUCCAGGAGGUGAUUAAGGACAUUGCUUAAUAAUAAAACGUAAACUAAGGCACCAGGGAGCACCGUCAGUGAAAGUGCUUCAAAUUAAUUAAUUUUCAUAUUCAUAUAUUAUUUGCAUUGAUAUAAAAAAAUAAUUAAAAAAGCAACAUCAAGAUUUGUUAUUAAGUUAACAUCAAAAAAUUUACCUUCCUUUUAUUAUUUCCCUAGAUAUUAGAAAGCUCCGAAACGUCAUCACCUAGAAGAUCAAGACGACGAAGCAGCAGCAGGUCUAGCAGAUCUAGACCCGGGAGCGCAUCUUCACCUACACCACCACCUUCCGCUUUCCUGCAAGCCAGCUACUGAGUUCCUAACGUAAAUCCUGUCAUUUCCUUUUUUUUUUAUUUUAAAAAUGCAUGAAUAAACUCCUUUCUAUCCUC